UUAAUCUUAUUCUCAUGUAGAGGACAGAGAGAGGGAGAUAUAUAAUGAUCUGAUUAGAGUUUUCCCUCAGUUGUUGGCCUGGCCAUCUUCUAUCUUCUACCUUCGGCUCGCUCGUAUAUGCUUUGCUUUUCAUGGAUCAUUCCUCUUAUUGCAGCUUUUAUUCACACCUACACACACAUAAACAGAGCAGGUACUGCCCCUCUCUCCAUCUCUCUCGCACACAUAAAGUGUCUUCACAUUGAUUCCGUAUAUGUCUGUGCCGCUCAGCAAAUACCCAAAUACGUACGUACCCACCUAUUUCCUAUUCCUCUCUCUUCUUCUUUCUUUGCCUAUGACUUUACCUUUCUCUAAUAUUCAGUUCCACUCCCAUUACAUUUGCCACAAAAUCGCACCUCUGCACAGACCUUCACUGAUUGUUAAACCGGUUUUCCGGCGACCGAACCGGGUAGUCCGCAUGGACUCAUCGGAAAGGCCCAGUCGUCGCCACAAAGACAAGAUCGUCGUUGUUAUGGGAGCAACUGGGUGUGGUAAAUCAAAACUUUCUAUUGAUCUUGCCACCCGGUUUCAAUAUUCCGAAAUCAUAAACUCUGAUAAAAUGCAAGUCUACAAAGGGCUUGAUGUAACAACCAACAAAAUCUCGAUUCACGAGCGGCUCGGCGUUGAUCACCAUUUGCUUGGCGUUUUUGACCCGGAAGACGGCGAGGUAAGUCCUUCUAAGUUCCGUUUAACGGCUGGGUUGGCUAUAUCGGAUAUUGUUUCGAGACAAAGGCUGCCUCUCAUAGUGGGUGGGUCCAACUCUUUUAUUCAUGCUCUUGUUGUCGACCGGUUUAAUCCGGGGAUUGAUGUUUUCGACGAGUCACUAAAUAACGCGGUUUCGACCCAGCUAAGGUACAACUGUUGUUUUCUAUGGGUGGAUGUGUCAUUACCAGUUCUAUGCGAUUACUUAUGCGAACGAGUAGACGAAAUGCUCGACUCGGGUAUGUUUGAGGAAUUAUCGGAGUUUUACCGGUCCGGAAACUCGGCGAGUCAACCCGGUAUAGGAAAAGCAAUCGGAGUACCGGAGUUUGACCAGUAUUUUAAAAAGUAUCCACCAGGAACAGGAGGAGGAGGGGCAUGGGAUUCAGUACGGAGAGGCGCAUACGAGGAAGCGGUGAGGGAGAUAAAGGAGAACACGUGUCAACUAGCGAAGAGGCAGCUAGGGAAAAUCAUGAAAUUAAAAGGAGCAGGGUGGGACCUACAAAGAGUAGAUGCAACGGAAGCGUUCAGGGUGGCGAUGGAGGUGGCGCCGCCGUCAUUUGAUAACAAGAAAAAAAAGAAAAGAAAGAAGAAGAAGAAGAGAUGGAUUGAAGUUUGGGAGAGAGAUGUGUUGGAGCCAAGCAUGAAGAUUGUGAACCGGUUCUUGGAGGAGUAGGUCUUCCAUCCAUCCAUCCAUCCAUCCAGCUUUUUCCAGCUAUCAUUUUCUCUCUCUCUCUCUCUCUCUCUCUUUCUCUUUUUUAAUUAACAAUUUUCAUAAAAAAAUUUAAAAAAAGAAAAAAAAACAAACAUCAACCAGUUUUGCAGCAUAGGACACAUUUUGGUUUGGGCACUGUCUAUCAGAACAAUUUGAAUCACUUCUUUUUUUAUUUUUUUAUUUUCUUUUGACCCUAUUGACAAAAGAAUAUAUAGCAUAGGACCAAGAAGCAAGAAAAGAAAAAAAAUUUGUAAUUUUGAAGAGAUACAUAUACAGUGAAGGGUUUAGUUUUGUGAA